UAUACAGUACAGUAUACCUGUAUUAUUAUAUUAGCAUUUAGUUUAGCACUAAAUUAUUCUGUACUACAUUGCAAUCAAUGUAUAACACAAUAAUUGUUUAUAAGUUAUGAAUUAUUAUACAGUUAUUCCUAUAGUAAGAGUGUGUGAGAGAACUGGUUAUUAAACAAUAGCCUUGAAUUCAAUUUGAAUUUAUGUCUCAAAUUGACUUCAUUUUCUUAAGCCAUACAAGGAAUUGACGAUAAAAUCGGACAAUUAUUUUUACAAAAUAUUUUUUAAUUUAAUUGUAAAAAAUAUACAGAAUAAUGAUUUGAUAAUAAUAUUAGACAAAUUGUGAAUAUGCCGGCAGAAGUGGUGUCAACUCACGUGCAAAAGAGUCCUCCAAACUAUUCGGGAUCUUUUGCUAUCAAAACCAAAGUCGAAUCCGUUCCCAUCGGUGAAGAGCUUAGACUUAAUCUUUCAUACUUUACAACAAUUCCCGGUAUCUUAAAAUUGGUUCAAUUGGUCAUUGCUAUUGUAUGUAUGGCAUGUAUAUCACCACCACUUGCUUGGUUCGCGCGAUUGUUUACUGCAGUGGUUUCCCUAUCAUUUGCCUUAACAUUGAUCCUAUGUUUUUGUUAUUUGGUUACUCUUAAAAAUAUUGUUUUCCCAAAAUUUGAUUGGAUUUUUGCUGAGUUAAUAUAUUCAGCAAUCGUCACAAUUUCAUUAUUUAUAACAUCUAUUAUUCACUUAUCAAUGACCGCUAGAGCUGACUAUCGUUACGCACUCACACAUUAUAGCAGUUAUUUAGGCACAAGUUUUUUCGGUACAUAUAUUGCUGCCGGGGUGUUUGGUUUACUCAACUUUUUUGCUUACGGCGCGGGAACGGCAUUCCUGUUUCUCGAAUGGAAAGGUGAUAGAAAUGGCAAUACUGUGAGUCCAGCGACAAAUGGUCGGUCAUAAAAGCGCCGGUAGUAUUAAAAAAAUAGUUAUGAUUGUCAUUAUUCUGUAACUCUCUAACACAAUAUUUACUGUAAUAUUAAACAUUAACACAAUUUUAUGUUCAUUAAUGUUAAUUAUG